UCAGUGGUUGAUGUUUUUCUGAAGAAUCGUUAAGGCGGGAAAAGCCUCUGCGCAGCCGUGAUGUGUUUCUGCGUACAGAGCUGAGAGAGCGAGGAAACACCGAGACCGUGAAGUCUGUUCACACACACCACUGCCAACCUCAAACCCUCUCCUGACAGAAGAAAAACAACCCUCUAUCCUGGUGCAUCAAACGCAGAGACAUCAUUUUAGAAGCUACCAUCUGCUGGAUGCCAUAAUCAAUACAGAAACAUCAUGCUACUACAUUUUAAUCCUCAGUCCUUACGUUCCUGUCUGUCUACUCUUCUCCUCUUUGUCCUAAGUCUUACCAACCCCACCCAGGCCACCUCUGAUGCAUCCCACAGCAGCCCUGGGAACUGUUCUGGGGAGGACAGCUGCUCUGAAGGUGUGGUUCUCCCAGUGUGGAAUCCCCAGAACCCUUCAGUGGGCGACAAGGUGGCGCGUGCCAUUGUCUAUUUCGUUGCUCUUAUUUACAUGUUCCUGGGAAUGUCUAUCAUCGCGGACCGCUUCAUGUCCUCGAUUGAGGUUAUCACCUCACAGGAGAAAGAGAUCACUAUCAAGAAGCCCAACGGAGAAACCACCACGGCUACCGUUCGCAUCUGGAACGAGACCGUCUCUAACCUGACCCUCAUGGCUUUGGGUUCUUCAGCUCCGGAGAUUCUUCUUUCUGUAAUAGAAGUGUGUGGGCACAAGUUUGAGGCAGGUAACCUCGGUCCCAGCACCAUUGUGGGCAGUGCCGCCUUCAACAUGUUUAUCAUCAUUGCUAUUUGUGUCUAUGUAGUGCCCGAUGGAGAGGUGAGAAAAAUAAAACACUUGAGGGUGUUCUUUGUGACUGCAGCAUGGAGUAUGUUUGCAUAUAUCUGGCUUUACCUGAUCUUGUCAGUGUUCUCCCCUGGUGUGGUAGAGGUCUGGGAGGCGGUGUUGACCUUCCUGUUCUUUCCCAUCUGCGUGGUCCAGGCCUGGGUUGCAGACCGCCGUUUGCUUUUUUACAAGUACGUUCACAAGCGCUACCGUGCUGACAAAAACCGUGGCAUCAUCAUUGAGACAGAGGGCGAUGGCAUGUUCACCAAGAUGGACAUGGAGAUGGAUGGGCAAGGCACCAAUUCCCAUCACAAGGAGGUUCUGGAUGGAAUGCUCGCAGGUGUAGAGGAGGGAGGAGGUGGAGGAGCUGGGGGAGGUGGAGAAGAAGAAGAAGCGAGAAGAGAAAUGGCUCGUACACUGAAGGAGCUGAAGCAGAGGCACCCUGAGAAGGACAUGGAACAGCUGAUUGAGAUGGCCAACUACCAGGUUCUGGUUCAGCAGCAGAAGAGCAGGGCUUUCUACCGCAUCCAGGCCACACGGAUGAUGAUCGGGGCAGGAAACAUACUAAAGAAGCAUGCUGCAGAUCAGGCCAGGAAAGUAAUAAGCUGCCAUGAGUCCAACGCACAAGAAGAAGAUCCUCACACCAUCUACCUAGAGUUUGAGCCUUCACAUUACCAGUGCUUCGAGAACUGUGGCUCCCUCAAACUGUCAGUGGCCAGACAUGGUGGAGACAGUGGCUGCACAGUCAAGGUGGACUAUCGGACUGAGGAUGGUACAGCUAACGCCGGCUCUGAUUACGAGUUUGCCGAGGGCACACUGGUCUUCAAACCAGGCGAAACUGUAAAAGAGCUGACGGUGGGCGUAAUUGAUGACGACAUAUUUGAGGAAGACGAGCACUUCUACGUCCAUCUCAGCAACCCACGAGUCAUCCACCGAGCUGAGGUCUUCAUCCUCGACCCCAAUGCCCCGGGCAAUAGCCUUUUAGGCUCUGUUCCCGUCCAGCCUAAAGCCGCGCUGGGCAACGCUCAUACUGCCACAGUGACCAUCUACGAUGACGACCAUGCUGGGAUCUUCACCUUCGAGAGCGCUUCGAUGCGUGUCAGUGAGAGCGUGGGGAUCAUGCAGGUGAAGGUGCACAGGACGUCUGGAGCUCGGGGAAAAGUGGCCAUACCAUACCACACCACAGAGGGCACUGCCAAGGCUGGAGAGGACUAUGAAGAGGUGGCUGGCAAACUGGAGUUCCUUAAUGAUGAGACCCUGAAAAUGCUUGAGGUGAAGAUUAUUGAUGACGAGGAGUAUGAAAAAAACAAGACUUUCACCAUCCAGAUUGGGGAGCCUGUGCUGCUGGAGAUUGGACAGAAGCAUGGAGAUUCCAAUGAUAACAAGCCAGCAGUUGUGGUUGAAGAGGAAGAGGUAGCUAAGAUGGGUUGCCCGAGUUUGGGAGAGCACACCAAGCUGGAGGUUGUGAUCGAGGAAUCUUAUGAAUUCAAGAACACAGUGGAUAAGCUGAUAAAGAAGACGAACCUUGCACUGGUGGUGGGUAGCAGUAGCUGGAGAGAACAGUUUGUCAGUGCUGUCACAGUCAGUGCGGGUGAUGACGAUGAGGAGGAGAGCGGUGAAGAACGCUUGCCUUCCUGUUUUGAUUACAUCAUGCACUUCCUGACGGUCUUCUGGAAGGUCCUGUUCGCCUUUGUUCCACCCACAGAGUACUGGAACGGCUGGGCUUGCUUCUUUGUGUCCAUCUUGCUCAUCGGCAUGCUGACUGCCGUCACUGGAGACCUCGCCUCCCACUUCGGUUGCACCAUCGGUUUGAAGGACUCGGUCACUGCGGUUGUGUUUGUCGCCCUCGGGACCUCAGUGCCUGACACCUUCGCCAGCAAAGUGGCUGCCAUCCAGGACCAGUACGCUGAUGCCUCCAUUGGAAAUGUAACGGGCAGCAACGCGGUAAACGUGUUCCUGGGCAUCGGAGUGGCAUGGACCAUCGCCGCCAUCUACUGGCAUAGCAAGGGCCAGCAGUUUCACGUGCCACCUGGCUCGCUAGCCUUUAACGUCACGCUAUUCACCAUUCUAGCGCUGGUGUGUUUUGUCACACUGCUCUACCGCCGACGGGCUUCAGUCUCUGGAGCAGAACUUGGAGGGCCGCGGCCCAUCAAGCUGCUCACCGUUCUGUUCUUGCUUUCUCUUUGGCUUAUCUACAUUCUGCUGUCCUCAUUGGAGGCCUACUGCCAUGUGCCUGGCUUCUAAAAGUUCAAAAGCAAA